CACAGUGGAGCUAAUAAGAGUGAAGGGUGGCAAGAUAACUAGAGAGCCUGGUCCUGUCAAGGGAGGCAGCCCGGUCAUUGCAUUCAUUGAAAAUCCUGAUGGCUACAAGUUUGAACUUUUGGAAAGAGGCCCCACUCCCAAGCUCUUGUGCCAAGUGAUGCUUCGAGUCAGUGAUCUUAAGCGUUCCAUAGAAUUUUAUGAGAAGGCUUUUGGUAUGGAACUCCUUCGCACUCGAGAUAAUCCAGAAUAUAAGGUAGGAUUUCAUCAAGCCUACAUAAGAACUAAUCUUUUGAGAAACAUGAUGAUGGAUGUGUUGAAGAAGUGAAUGAUGUUAAUAACAAUAAUAAUCAUAAUCAAAACUAUCAUCCAUCUUCACAAUCCAUUAGAAAAGAAUCCGAUUCUCUUUGGAUACAGUAACUUCUCCCCAAAAAGGACUAGAAUGAGAGAAACUAUUCUAUAUCUCAGAACCUGCAAUGCAAGAACCAAAGAACAGUGCCAUAUCCGUACUCUUUUUAUGAUUAUGCUUAUUCAACUCAACAAUAACAACAUCAACCACCUCAUUCCACAGUUUUCUCUAUGCUGCCACCACUUCUUGAAAAUUUCCUUAAGUGUUCUUCUCACAGGGGCCAUCAUUGCCUUCUUCUUUUGCACCGUCGUGCGUCGUAUCAAACGUGCCAAAGAAUUGGAUGUAGUAUCUGGUUUAAAGAACGAGUUAGAAAAACGUCUUCUGAACCUGAAUGUUUCAUGCUUUAGUAUGGCUCCUGGUAAGGGAGUGUAAUGUUAAUAAUAUCCAUAUACUGAACAAUUAUUAUUUAGUUUUAGCAAGGUAGCUGUUUCUUUAUGUGCAAUGCUCUGGAGCUUUUUCUGAUUAAAAGAAAGAUUAAGGGACCUCGUGGCUACAGGUUUUGAACUUUUCAAAGCAAGAUCAAAGACCAACUUCAAAGCUAGGAGAACUGUGUCAUUAGUGUCAAGGCGAAAAACAUUGCCAAGCUAUCAAUUCCUUGAAAAGUAGCCAAAGGUUUAUAAUUUUAGAUUCUUUAGUAUAUUCAUGAUUCAUGAUUUUUCUUUCUCAUUUACUUUUAAAUUCUUAGAUCAAUUACUAAAAACAAAAGCUAGACUACUUUUAAAGGUACAACCUUAGAUCAUUGCUAACACUUGUAUUGCUACAUUGAUGUAACAUACUUAUAGACUUGUAGCAUUUUUUGUUUUUUA